AUGAAUUCAUUGGACAAUCAAAGAAAAAGCAAUUUAGAGGACGAGAGAAAGAGACUUAAUUUACAGCUUUUAAAGCGUCAUGAUGAAAACAUUAAUGAGAUUAUUGCACAUUCCAGCUUUGUAAGUGUAUAUUUGAUGGAUGGAAAUAGUCAGAAGUGGGUCAGAGGAGAUGUUGAGGGUUUUUUACAUAUUGUUAAGAGAGACAUAGAACCGAUAUAUCAACUAAUUGUUUUAAAUCAAAAAAACCCUGAGAAUCUUAUACUAGGAAUUACAAGUGAAUGGGAGCUAAGUGGAGAAACAAACUAUUUAUUUUAUAAGGUUCCAGGCAAGAAUCAGAAUUUUACAGUUUCAUGUUUGUGGUUUUACGAGGUCGAGGAGAGAAAAUCAAUUGAAGCUUCAUUAAAACGAAUUAUCUCAAAGUUGAUGGUUAGAAGAUUGAAUACGGAUAUUGAUAAUAACUCAUCAUCUAAUGGACUUCAGUCAGAUUCUGCAGCUAUUUACAAUAACAAUGCAGGGAAAACUAUAUUAGAAUUCCUCAAUAAGAAAUCUAAUCAAAAGAAUCAAGGUAACGAAAUCAACAUAGAGCAGAUGAUUAGAGAUUCUGUCAAUAACAAUAGAACUAUAGAAGCUAAUAAAAAUACUAAUAACAAUAAUAAUAAUAAUAAUAGUAAAAAUAAUAACAAUAAUAAAAAUAAUGGCAUAAAUAAUAUCAAUAGUGCUAAUAAAAAUAACCAUAAUGGAAAUAAUCAGAAUUUUAGUAAUAAAAGUAUUAGUAUGGAGAAAAUUAACAGUUCUGAAAAAACUGUAAUUAGUGACUCACUUCAGAAACUUUUGCAUUUUCAAGAUAUUUUAGGCAAAGGUAGCAAAGUUGAAUGUAAUUCUUACCAAAGAAAUGAAGAUAUUACUCCUGAAGCAAUUACAGACAUUGUUAUGGAUGUAUUAUCUUCAAGACAGGUUUAUGAUAUGAUAAAUGAGCGUAUUGAGCUUUUAUUAAGAAAGUAA